AGCCACUGCGCUCGGCGACUCUGUGUCCUCUCUCUCUCUCUGUCUCUAUCUAUCUCUCUCGGUCUCUCUAUCUCUGUUGCACAUCGCUUCAGUCGUAAGGGAGGGAGGCUGGGAUCGUCUGUGAGGUCUGGACCACAGCCUGAGAGGUGGAGGAGAUCGCGCGUCUCAAACAGCGCACGCGUUUGAAGGAUGCGCUGCUGCGCGCGACGGCGCAUCCUGUAGAGAUACGAGGAGCUCGUGGGAUCCUAGCGUCUGGCUUUCUCUAUCUGUCUUUGGCUUUGCGUACGGAGACCUGUCACUGUUUGCCUCACUUUACGAACGGGAGGAGAAAAAAGAGCGGGGUGUUUUUCUUCUCGCAACAUCCAGAAGGAAAAAUACGUUUUGGCUGAGUAUUUUGAGGGAUGCGAGAGGACGGGCAGAUCAUUCCAAAGUGAAGCAUUGCUUUAAUGAAGAAACAGACCUGCUAACAAUCUCACGGAAGGGACCCUUCAGAACAAGUAUGGGGUCACCAUGGAAACCACUUCUCCUGCUGUCAGUUAUCAGUGGCCUGGCAGAUUUGGCUAAAGCCGUUGCUGGGAGACCCGUCUCGUACGCUGCGGUGCUACGGAUGAAGGCGGACAGUUCCUCGUCCUCCACGCUGAACUCCAGGAUGAGGUUAAGGAACAGCCAAGGAGUGGGAUCAUCCAGCCUGGAAUGGCCUCCUUUCUCCAGGCACAGAUUCUCCGCCCUCAGCUCGCAGGAAGACUACAUGAGCGAAGAGAGCGAGGAGUUCGGCCCAAUAUUCAUUCAGGAACCCGAUGACGCAAUCUUCUCCCUGGAUACGGACAAUAAGAAAGUGAUAAUGAAUUGUGAAGCCAGAGGAAAUCCUGCUCCGACCUACAGCUGGCUGAUUAAUGGAACAAAUGUGAACGUAGAAGCAGAUUUCCGAUACAGUAUGAUUGACGGGAACUUGAUCAUACACAACGCGAGUGAGGCCAUCAAUCACGGGAGAUACCAGUGCAGAGCAGAGAACAGCAUUGGCAUCGUCAUGAGUAGAGAAGCCCUCCUGCAGUUUGCUUAUCUCGAAGCCUUUAGCGGACGGACGAGAGGAGCUGUUUCUGUGCGAGAGGGCCAGGGAGUUGUGCUAAUGUGUGCUCCCCCUCCUCAUUCACCAGCAGAGAUCAUCUACAGCUGGGUGUUCAACGAGCUCCCCUCGUUCGUGGCGGAGGACAGCCGGCGAUUCAUCUCGCAGGAGAUGGGAAAUCUGUACAUCUCCAAGGUGCAGCCCUUGGACGUGGGCAGCUACGUGUGCCAAGUGAAGAACACUGUGACCAACGCCAGGGUCCUGAGCCCGCCAACACCCCUGACUCUGAAAACAGAUGGUAUCAUGGGAGAGUACGAACCCAAAAUUGAAGCACACUUUCCCCAGACUGUACUAGCAGCCAAAGGGGUUACGGUGAGGCUGGAGUGCUUCGCUCUUGGGAAUCCUGUCCCCACAAUCACCUGGAGGAAGAUGAGUGGGAACAUCCCGAAGAAAGCACGUCUGCGCAAAUCACAGGCGGUUCUUGAGAUCCCCAACAUCCAGCUGGAGGAUUCUGGGAGUUAUGAGUGUAAAGCUGAAAACACGAGAGGAGGCACAGCCUACAGAGGACAUCUGCAGGUCUAUACUCUGCCGCAGUGGAUCAGUAUGAUAAAUGACACUCAACUGGACAGUGGAGAGCAGCUCCGGUGGGAGUGCAGAGCCGCAGGAAAACCCAGACCCACCUACCGCUGGAUGCGCAAUGGAGAACUGCUCAGCCCACAGAGCAGAGUGGAAAUGGUGAAUGGGGAAUUGAUCAUUCACAGGUUACAGCAGGCGGAUUCGGGAAUGUACCAGUGCGUUGCCGAGAAUAAAUACGGAAGUAUCUACUCCAGCGCCGAGCUCAAAAUACUGGCGUCAGCACCAAUGUUCAGCACCAAUCCUGUCCGACUCAUCGCCACCGUGGGAAGAGACGUCUCUCUGGAGUGCCGGCCGCGUGCGUCACCCAAAUCAAGAAUUACAUGGAAGAAAAACGACAGGAGAGUCCAACCGAGCCGAAGAAUCAUGUUGCUUCGCAACAACACCCUGCGCAUCAUUAACUCCAGUCGCACAGAUGAGGGAAACUACGUGUGUCGGGCUGAAAACCAGUUCGGAUCCGCCGAGUUAAUGACGGUGCUGCUGGUGAAAGAGCCCAUGCGGGUGGAGUUGAGCCCCGUCCGGGUGGAGGUUACGGUGGGAGAGAGUGUGGUGCUCAGCUGUAAGGUCACCCAUGACCCCUCCCUGGAGGUGUCUUUCUUCUGGCUGCUCAAUAACCAGCCGCUUAACGCUCAGCAUGAGGGCGGUCACUUUGAGUAUAUUCAAACACAGUCUUCCACAGCAGACCUGAUGAUCCGGAGCAUCCUUCUGAAGCAUGCGGGUAAAUACGGCUGCCGGGCACAGACGAGCGCAGACAGCGUGCUCGCGGAAGCCGAGCUGCUCGUGAGAGGACCCCCCGGACCUCCUGGAGUGGUGAUUGUGGAGGAGAUCACAGAUACCACAGCGACGUUGUCAUGGAGCCACGGGGUUGACAACCACAGUCCAAUCACCACCUACAAUGUACAGGCACGUAGCCCUUUCUCUCUGGGCUGGCAGACAGUGAAAACCGAUCCAGACCCGGUGACUGGAAACAUGGAGUCGGCCAUGGCGGUGGAGCUCAACCCCUGGGUGGAGUACGAGUUUCGGGUGGUGGCCACAAACGCCAUUGGAACAGGAGACCCGAGCGCUCCCUCGCGGGGGGUCCGCACUAAAGAAGCAGUUCCGUCAGUGGCCCCUGCCAGCGUGAGAGGAGGAAACGGUCGCAGACACGAGCUGGUCAUAUCCUGGGAGCCCAUCUCGGAAGAAUUCCAGAACGGGGAAGGUUUCGGCUACAUCGUGGCGUUCAGGGCCAAUGGGACGCGAGGAUGGAAGGAGAAGAUGGUGACCUCGGCUGACUCCACCACCUAUAAGUACAGGGACGAGACCUUUCCCCCUCUCACCCCGUUUGAGGUGCGGGUGGGAGUGUAUAACAACAAAGGAGACGGACCGUUCAGCGGGGUGGUCACUGUGUUCUCUGCGGAGGGAGAACCCAGGGAGCCUCCUUCUGAACUGAAGGCGUUCGCCAUCUCAGCUUUGGAAAUUAAGGUGACAUGGAAGCCGCCCAGUCCCGGUCCUGGAAGACCCCAAGGCUAUGAGGUGAGUUACUGGAAGGACACGGAGCAGGAGGAGAUGGCGAAGAAGCAGAGGACGACUGGGAAUGAGACGAACAUGCUGCUGCCAGGACUGGAGGGAAACACGCAGUAUCUGAUCUCAGUUAAGGGCUUUAACAGCGUCGGUCAAGGCCCAUCCAGCUCAGCCAUCAGAAUCAGAACUAAGAAAAACGCCCCUAGUUUACCCCCAGGCAACUUGAUGUGGAUUCAGGAAGGGAAUAACGUUUCUUUAUCCUGGGAUCCAGUGAAAGCGAGGGACAAUGAGUCAGCUGUCAUCGGGUACAAGGUAUUGUUGCGUCAGGAGGGGAGGGGCCACAGCCAGGUCACGAGGACUCCAAACUCAGCCGUCGUCCUGACCCUACCUGAAGGGGGGACGUACAUCAUCGAUGUGCGAGCAGUAAGCGAAGGAGGAGAAGGGGCCGCCAGCGCCCAAGUCAGAUUGCUGACCUCCUCGGGUGUGCGUGCAAAGAGUGGGCAGCUCUCUGUCUAUAAUCUGCCUGCAGGCGUGACAUGGACCGCUCUGUUCCUGUCUUUAAUGGUGCCUUCUUUUCCUUUGUGAGGCUGCUGAGUCCCGUACCCUAAAACUGUCCCAUCGCCUGCCCUCCGAAGACCGCUCCCACCCACCCCUGUGGGUCCCCUCAACACAGACUGCCUGCCGUGGCCUGUUCCAUCAACAGUAGCCAGGGUUCAGCCAAAGGGAAGUGCUUCUUUUCCAGACAAAGAUCAAGAAACGCCUCCAACUCCUCCAUAUUUUUUUCCGGACUUAUCGUUUCCUUUACAGGCUUCUGUUCGGGACAUCUUUGUAGUUUUGUGCUGUACAAAGUGAAGAGACUGUUGUCUGAAAUCGUGUACACCACGAAGCCGUAACCAAGACGUUGUAUAGAGUGGGGACUUCCAGAGGAGUCCUCGAAGCUGCUGGGACCGUCCCCUGCUCUGUGCCAAUGUGGCUUCCCUCAUUACAUCACUGCAUCCGUAUUAUCCUUUGGCUGGCUAACAAGCAACGCAGAGUAAAGCUCAGUAGAGAUAAGUGCAUUGUUUUCUUAUUUACAAACGGAACGAGAAGAUGAGAAAAAAAAAAACAUUUUUAUAGUGCCGAAAAUCUUACUAUUUCCAGACUUGCUUUUUGUACAUUGUGUUACCUUUAGAGAAAACAAACAAACAAAAAAAUACAGUGGUGUGUUUCGGUCGGCUGCGUCAAAGUUUUUGAACUUCUGUUCUCAGUUUUGUUACCUUCGUCGGUUUUCGAGAGCUAGCAAGGUUGCUGGGCAACAGUGGAACUGACGGAUGAAGCAGAGAUUUGGAGGAUUUGAACCGGACUUGUCGUGCCCAAACACUUCAGUAGACAAAGACCACGGCUGACCUGUGACAGCUGAAAUAAAUGUGAUGUAUAUUUUUAAAGGGCUCUCGUGUGUCUGUGUUGUGGGUGAAGAGGGCUGGGGGAAGAUCUCUUGAUCUGAUUGCUAUCGAUCCGUUCUAUCAACAAAGUUUGUUGCGGCCAGAAUUGAGUUCGAGAGAAUUACAUUGGUCAGAAAUGAUUCGGUUCCCAGAAUUCAAUAGGAACACUUAAGUGUCCACUGGAAUGAAAGAAGAAUUGUACAGAUAUCUGAUCUGGGGUUAUAAAAUGUACAGACAGGGGAGCAAAAAGUAGGUGUGCACCGGGAAGAAAAGGGAAGCGCUGGUGUGGAUGCUUUACAUAAUUCAUUAUUUAGUUCGCUUAAUAAUGUUUCCAUUCAUCUCUUUUCAAAUAACAAACUAAUAUAUAAUAUAUACAUGCAAGCCAUAUUAAAAAUAUGAAAAGCGCUGAAAAUGUCGAAUAAUUUUACAUAUUUUAUGCGGUUACUACACUUUCCAAUGAUGCGUUAACAUGUUACAUUUGAUAAAAUUACAAGUAUAUGUCAUUCAAAUAAUAAAAUGAUCAGAAAUUUCAACACUAAUAUUUUAACGCUAAAAUCUGUAACUAGGUUGUCAGAGCGAUUUAGAUUUGAACUUUUGGGCAAUUCCAGUAGUAUGGAUGUGAGAAACUCUCUGAGAAUGUAUUUGUUAUCAGUAUAUUAAAUAUACUUUGCCGGAUUUUGUGAAUAAAAAAUGCAAAAACAAUAGCAAUAAUAAUAUCAAACAAAUUGAGAAGGGAUGAUUCUUCAUAGAACACAUAAAAGUUCAAUUUUAAUUUUCAUGUUAUGGAUGUGACGUGACAAUUCUGAAAGCGGCACUUACCAAGCUAUGGAAAAACAUGAUUUAAAAAAUUAAAAAAAAACAUUGCAGCUUUAAAUAAUAUUGUUGUCACUUCUCUCCCCUCACAGCGACUUUCCAUCUCUACAUUUACAUGUUUGAACAACGUUUAGAAGCUCUCACCCUUUGCUCGGCUUCACUGCCAAUCCCAUGAUCCCUUGCAUAGACCGUCUGCAGAAAGCCAAUUGAAAGCGGUAGCUCUUUUCCGCGCCAGCGCACAAGUACAGUACGGAAAAACUUUAAAUAAGUGAGUCAAACUGAAGCGGCACUAAUGGUUUUCAAGUGUUAUUUUCAUAAAUCAUUCACCCAAGACUAUAUAAACAGGAGAAUUGAAAGCUUUAACCGUCCUCCAUUUCAAAAUUGCUUGAGCUUCUAUUUUAAUACGCUUUCAAAUUACUUUAUCCCCAACUGCUUCAUUCUAAAAAAUAUUGAUUUGUUUCUUGAUUAUUUACGCACCCUCGGCAUAGCAGAGACCUCUGUGAAUAAUAAUAAUUCCUGUAGGUGGUCUCUUUCAUGUGCUUCAUGCCAUGCAUCUCAUUGGAUUCCAGGCGUGUGAGAUCAGCUGGGUCACAGCUGUAAAGUCCUUACGGCAACAUCAGUGAUUGUCUUUACUUUUGCCUGUUUGUCUUGAAGCUUCUUAAACUCUCGAGGGAUACUCGCAUAAGAUCUGCUUAAAGGAAAAGUUCACCCAGAAAAUGAAAUCCUUUUCUCAAUCAUGACGCCCAUACCCGUAUGAAAUGACGAUGCAAAGAAUCUCAAAGCGUACGUGUGAUGCAACAAGGACAUAUUUCAAGUCAUAAGAUAGUUAGCGUGAGCCACAGAACAAAAUUUCAAUCAUUAUUCAAAGAAAAUGUGUUAAAUAUUUAAAUAUGGUGGAUGUCAAUUGUGCCGAAUGGCAUUGGUGUAAGAUUGAAGAUCAUAUAAAAAAUAUGCACAAGUUCUGAAAAUUACACUGGAAGAUUUUCACAUUUCUUUAGUUGAGUUAUCCUGACAAGCCCAAUUUAUUUUCUCAUGUUGACAUGGUUUUUCCUUUUAAAACAGAAAGCUUCAUCAAACAACUGUUACCCUUCAAUUUAUGACACUGCUUCACUAAACCACACAAACAUUAUCCAGCCUCAUCUCACAUGGUUUCAUUACUAUUUUACAAUCUGAACAAAUAAAACUGUUUGAUCAUUAGAAAAAAAUAAUGAAGCCCCACCCCUAAACAUGACCACCAGAGCAAAUGCAGAUCAUACUAAAACAUACAAAUGAGAUCUUACACAUUCAUACCAAUUAACCACCUAUGAAAAUAGUUACAAAUUGCUAUGAUGAGACAAGAUGUGUUGCAUUAUUCGAUUUCUACCAGAUAAAAUGUAUGUCUAUGAGUCUUUUGGCCCGGAAGAGAAAAAGCAAGGAAGUUUUAAAUGUUUAUAUGUGCUUUAAGUUUAUAUUUUGCAGCAUAUACACUAUAAGAGUUUAUUUGCAACAACAGAUAGUCAUGUUUUUAUUAUGUAAGCAUGUUUUGUAUUGGGUUUUAUUGUGUUAGUUAGCUGUACUUUUUAGUUAUCCAAUCAAAACAACCCAAUUGAACACUCUUAAGAAAACAAAAUCGAAAUAGUAGCAAAAAACGGUUCUCUGGCUUGUAACAAUAGCAGAACCCUUUGUGGUGCUAUAUAUACAGUAGAACCCUUUUUAUUAGGUUCCAUAAAGAACCCUGCCUUGAAACGUUAUGUAGAACCUC